AUAAGAGAAGUGAUAAUUAAUGAUUAUUUCCAAAUGGUGUAAAGAACAUUUCGUUACAUAAUUUUCAACACAAUUUAUUGUACCAGAUAGAUCUUAUUUGUCAGAGAAAUUCGAUAUCUAAUAAAUGGUAUUAGAUCAUGCAAUUUUUCUGUGACACAAUGAUGACUUCUCUCAACGUACGUUGAAUUCCUUUUCAAUAACAUCAAAUGGAACAAAGACACCAGAGACAAAGAGCCCCUAAUAAAUUCCCCACAAAUACAUUCGCGAUAAUUAAUAUGUUAUGCUUUAGCGAUAGUCUUGUUGAAUACAUUUUCCGACACAAUAGCGUCACAUCUUGGAGAUCAAUCAGAAUUUCCAGGAAUUUUCAUUAGCAUAAUCCACCGUGAAGUCAUAGAGCUUCUCUCUAUAUAAGACGACAUCGUCAAAUCAUCGGAACUCAGUGUUAAAAGCCUGGAAAGAUGUUGAAGUUGAUUUUUUUAUUUUUACUCUUAAAAUCCUGGAAGAGCUUCGCCGAAUCGAUCGGUAGAAAUCCACCACAAUUUAUCUGCACCGAUGGAUCAUCCAUUGAUCUGAAAAAAAUCUGCGACGGCCUCGUGGACUGUCCAGAUUCGUCGGAUGAAAUCCAGAAAUUGUGUUAUCAUGUGAUAUGUCCGUCAUCAUCGUAUCGCUGCUAUUACGGAGCUUGUAUUCCAAGGUCAGCCAGAUGCGAUGGUCGACAGGAUUGUAUUGAUGGAAGUGAUGAACUCCACUGCGAUAUAGUACCGACAUGCUCAGAUCGAGAGUAUCGUUGUCUAGAGUCUCUUGAAUGUAUUCUGAGUUCGAAAACUUGCAACGGUUACUUGGACUGUGCUGAUGGUAGCGAUGAGAGCGAAGCUCUGUGUAGGGACUUUCCAUGUCCAGGACAUUCCUUUCAAUGUAAUUACGGAGGAUGCGUUCACCGGGAAGUGAUGUGUGAUGGAGUGAACGAUUGUGUCGACGGAAGCGACGAAGAGGCUUCCCAAUGUGCCCCUAUGAAUUGUCAGGGGGACGAAUGCCUUCAGUUUACCUGCAGAUCGGAUGAAUUCUCUUGCGAGAGUGGGGGGCAAUGUAUCCCCAUCUCGAGACUUUGCGAUGGAUCUCGCCAAUGUCGUGAUGGAUCAGAUGAAUUUUUGAAUGUCUGCUCAAAUAAAAAUUGUUCUAGCGGAUAUUUUCGAUGUGCAUAUGGGGCCUGUAUUCUAUCCUCAUUAAAAUGUAAUUUAGAAGUAAAUUGUCAAGAUUUUAGCGACGAAGAAGACUCGAUAUGCCAUAUCGCUAUUCCCCACGGGGCUUGUCGCUUACCCCUGGCUAAACCAGGUGUUCACGUGUCGGUUUCCAACUGUCCUCUCUGUCGACCGGGUCAAAUAGUCCCCGAGCUCACUGGUCUAAACGUCACCUGUGCCACUGGAGCCAUCUUGGAAGGAUCCAGCAGCGCAUUCUGUCAGAAUAAUCACUGGCUCCCUGAAAUUUCCUCCUGCAUUUCUGAGAGUCAGCACAUCACGUGCCCUCCAUUGAGUUCACCCGCAACGAGAAAACGGUGCGAAGUCCUGUGGGGAACCAGACAGGGGUGGAUUCCCUGCAACGAUUCCAUGCCAGUCGGUACCAAAGUGACUUUAGAAUGUCCAGAAUUUUACGAGAGGGUUUCCGGGGCCUUACACACAACUUGUCUCCAUGAUGGAACCUGGAGUCAACUUCCUCUGAAGUGCAGACCCCUGUGUGGGGUGCGAGAAACGUCAGCGAUAGCACUGAUCGUGAAGGGUUGGGAGAGUUCUCCAGAAGAGCCAUUACCCUGGCACGCGACUCUCUUCUCUCAUGAAAACGGUCACUGGACAUUUUUCUGUGGAGGUACAUUGAUUUCCGAAAGUAUCGUCCUGACAGCUGGCCACUGCGUCUGGAAGACCGAUUCGAAAACCAUUCGAGUUGUCCUCGCUGGUUUCUCCAGUAACUUCACUCUCGACGAGAGCGACGAAGACACCCAAAUAUUCGAGGUUUCACGAAUCGAAGUACAAGGAGCAUAUCACGAUCACGAGGGAAAUUAUGGAUCAGAUUUGGCGAUUUUAAUUUUGAAUAAACCGGCGAUCAUUAAUUCCAGGGUUAAUCCCGCCUGCUUGAACUGGUCUAGGGAAUCUGAUGUGUCAUUCAGAGGUGGAGAGAUGGGUUUGGUGGCUGGAAUGGGAAUCACUGAAAACAGGACAAUUAGUCAGCGACUGCGGGUCACCAGUGAAAAAAUAAUAUCCGAAGAAGAAUGCAGGGAAAGUCAAAAAAGAGAUUUUCGAAAAUACUUGACUUACACUACCUUCUGCGCUGGCUGGAGCAAUGGCACUUCAGUGUGUAAUGGAGACAGUGGUGGUGGCCUAGUUCUGCAGAGACGAAACUCCACCAUCUGGGAUCUCCAUGGAAUCGUCUCAGUCAGUCCCAGAAAAAUAGGGAGUCUCACGUGUGACCCUCAGUACUACACAGUUUUUACGAAAGUGACAGUUUACAGUAAUUGGAUCGAUGGAAUUGUCGAGACUGUCCCAAUUGUUGGACCUGCCGACCUCGAGCAAUUACCAAAUGAGGAUAUUAUUGUUUAAACAAAAGUGGGAAUUUUACGCUGAGCAAAUAAUCACCGUCAGAAAUUAAUAUUCUCGACAGUACAAAAUAUUUUCUCAAGUUAUCCUGUAGGAAAUUGAAGGACUAAAGGGCUACAGUUAUUCCAAAAAAACCGAAUAGAAAUAUACAAGUCCAGCAAAAAUAUAAUGAUAUUCCCUCUCUAGUAACUUUGACUGAAUGCGCUCUUCCC